AGGGUAGCCGUCGCGCUGUCCUCUAUGCCGGAACUUUUCUGGUCGUUAAGAUCGUAUUGGUACAGGAAAAUGGCUCCAGUUGAUAACCUUACGUGUGUCCUCCACGCGAAGGGGGAUAUGCGACUCGAGCAAACUUCCGUGCCUGAGCCCAAGGGAGGAGAGGUUCAAGUCAGUAUCAAGAGUACAGGAAUUUGUGGCUCAGACGUUCAUUAUCUGGUCCAUGGAGCCAUCGGCCCGUUCGUGGUCACUGAACCGAUGAUUCUCGGCCACGAGACUGCCGGCAUCGUGACGAAAGUUGGGCCCGAAGUCACCAAUGUCAAAGUUGGCGACCGUGUGGCAUUGGAACCGGGAGUCAACUGUGCGCAAUGUGCAGAUUGCCGCUCCGGACGCUAUAAUCUUUGUCAGAAGGUGAUUUUCUGCGCGACUCCUCCUUAUCAUGGGACCCUCAGGAGGUUUUACUGCCACCGAGCCGACCUCUGUUUCAAAUUGCCCGACUCACUUUCGUACGACGAGGGGGCUUUCAUCGAGCCUCUGUCUGUAGCGGUAAUGGCCUGCCGUCGAGCAGAUCUAAAAUUCGGAGAGAAAGUUCUUGUCACCGGAGCCGGGCCGAUCGGUCUGCUGAACUUCCUCGUGGCCAAGGCGUUCGGGGCCUCAACUGUGGUUGUGACAGAUAUAGUUGAGAGCAAAUUGGAGCUCGUACGGUCUCUCGGCGCUACCGGGACUGUUAACGUCAAAGGCAAAACCAGCGAAGCGAUCUCUCGGGAGAUCCUGGCAAUAACCGGAUCAGCCCCUGAAGUUACUCUCGAGUGCUCGGGCGUCGAGAGUUCGGUGGGCCUGGCUAUCAACGUCACUCGCCAGGGCGGCCGUGUCGUCAUGGUCGGUAUGGGACCGCCGCAGGUCAAGGUGCCUCUUGUAGAUGCAGUGAUCAAGGAACUCGACAUACGGGGAGUUUUCCGCUAUGCCAACUGCUACCCGACCGCGAUCGAACUCAUCGCCUCCGGCAAGGUUGACGUCAAGCCUCUCAUAACACAUCGCUUCAAGCUCGAGGAGGCCGCGAAGGCGUUCGAAACUACGAGAACAGGGGCCGGGAACGCGGUUAAGGUCAUUAUAGACUGCAGCAACUGAGCCAGAACCACCAUCGAGUUCUCCGCAGGCUGCUCGAGGCGAACGAGUCGGACUGAGCUUGAAAAGUUAACUCAACGAGAAAAACAAAGGAAUAAAAAUGCGGAUAAUUGGGA